AUGCCGGUAGGGUACAAACCACCGAAGUUUAACAUGUUCGAUGGAAAGGGUGACCCUCACGCACAUUUAAGGGCAUACUGUGACAAGUUAGUCGGUGUUGGGAGAAAUGAGAAGUUGAGGAUGAAGUUGUUCAUUCAGAGUCUCUCUGGAGAAAAGAAGCCACCUGAGACUUUCCAGGAAUAUGCACGACGUUGGAGAACUGAGGCCGCAAGGGUGCAACCACCACUAGAUGAGAGUGAGCUUUCGAAGUACUUUAUUCGAGCUCAAGAAGGUAUCUACUUUGACAAGAUGAUGUCAAUGAUGGGUCAAAAGUUUGCAGAAUUGGUCAAGAUGGGAGACUUUAUAGAAGAGGGUGUUAAAUGUAGGAAGAUUCAGUCUAUGGUCGCAUUGCAAGCUGCAAGUAGGGCUAUACAAUCGGGUUCCAUUGGCGGCAUAAAAAGAAAAGAAAGGAUGUUUCAGCUGUCACUUACCAACCAGGAGGACCAUCUCACCGAUACCCUAAUAAUCCCCAAAUUGCUGCGGAUACUUCACCCGUCCCAGUCAUAUGCACCGAGACCAUGUCCAAAUCCUGAAGCUAGAAAUACUCGCGCUUACACACCAAUUGUUGAACCCUAUGCUCAAUUGUUUGAGAGUUUGAGGACAGCGGGAGUGCUGCAGCCAGUUGAAGGAAAACUUCCUGAUCCAAUCUUUCGUAAUUUUGAUGGGAACAAGCGAUGUGCUUACCACUCGGGAAUCCAAGGACACGACACAGAAGAUUGUUAUGGUUUGAAGAACCAGAUCGAGUCUUUGAUCAGAAGAGGAGUAAUCAAAUGCACACCAACACCUCCCAAUGUGAACAACAACCCCUUGCCAAAUCAUGAGAAUCGAGAAGUCAACAUGGUUACUUUGGAUGACGAAUAUGGGACCCCCGACUAUCCAAACAUAGAUGAAGUGGAUGCCAUGACAUCUUCAGCGCAAUCUGUUAUCACUGUUCAACUAAGGGAACCUCUGACUGUCCAAACAUAUCGCCCAAGAGUUGUAGUGACCACUUUAAUUGCUAAGAAGCCUGAGUAUGACACCAAAGUAGUGCCUUGGGACUAUCAAGAAAGUGCUAAGGGCAAGAUGAUUGACACUGCCGUGGCUCAAGGAAUGACUAGGUCGGGGAGGUGUUAUGCCCCAGAGGACCUAAAUCAAAGAGUUCUCGAAAAAGAACAGAAUCCAAAGAAGAAUAUUACCGAUGCUGAAGCCGCAGAGUUUUGGAAGAAGAUGCAGUCUAAAGACUAUUCGGUUGAAGAACAACUGAAGAAAAUGCCAGCCCACAUAUCCAUUUGGUUUUUUCUUAUGAGUUCUGAAGCUCAUAUGAAUGCUUUGAUGGAGGUGUUAAGCAGAGUGAUCAUUCCAAAAGAGACCACAAGUGAGACCUUAGCUCCAACGAUUGGAAGAAUAGUGGAAGCUAACAAGAUUUCUUUCCACGAUGAUGAGUUGCUUGCAGAAGGGGCUGGUCAUAACAAAGCACUUCAAAUCGCAGUCAAAUAUUGUGAUAAAAUUGUGACUCGAGUUUUAAUUGAUGGUGGUUCUGGAUGCAACAUCUGUCCUUUCACCACUUUGAGAGAUUUAGGCGUUAAUAUGGGAGAGAUAAGGGAAAGUCAUGUGAAAGUUAGAGAUUUUGAUGGAGCGCAAAAAAGUGUCAUUGGAGAAAUCUAUCUCACAUUGCAGGUGGGGCCGACUGAAUUUCCCAUUCUAUUUCAAGUGAUGGAUGUAUCAUUCAAUUACAACCUGUUUUUGGGAAGAUCAUGGGUUCAUAUGGCAAAAGCGGUUCCUUCCACUCUUCAUAAAUAUGUAAAGUUUGAGUGGGGGCGCACAGAAGUUACGGUCCACGAAGAGCUCAGUCACCCCAUUCAAUCUGUUAAUUCUAUCCCAGUCACCAACGAGUUAGACGGAGCCACUUUUCACACUUUGGAAAUCAUGCAAGCUAUAAGGGUCAAUGAGGGAGCAGAGCCCAAAGAUACCAAGUUGUCAAUUGCAGCGAAAAUGGUUGCGUCAAAAAUAUUGAAGUAUGGAUAUCAACCUAAGAAUGGACUUGGACCUAUGUCCAAUGACAUAGUUGAGCCGAUCCAGCUGAAGCAUCAGAGAGGCACCAACAGACUAGGAUAUGAGCCUGCCUCAGGAAUAAGCUUUGAUUCCAGAUCAAGCUGGCAUUGA